CAAUGCCGCCAAAACAAUUGUCUGGUGCUGCGAAAAAAAGGAAGAGAAAGCAAGAUGAAAAGAUUAGGGAAUCGCAAAGAGGCGAUUUGAAUAAGUAUUUUCCAGUUAAAAGUAAUGUUGAUGUCAACAACAAUAAUCAGAGGCCAAUAUCUGAUCCGGGACAAGCUGAUGAGGAUAAUACAGAUGAAGAUGUUGAGGUCCAUGAACAGUCCUGAAAUAAUAAUGAUGAUGAUAAUGUUAAUGAGGACAAUAUGGAGGAAGAAAAUUUUCAGCCUUCAUCUAAUCCUAAUGGUGAUGAUCAAGAUGAUUCUCUUUUAUCUAUGUAUGAUCCAAGAACAUGGGAUAAUCUUGACAACUCCAAACGGGAUAUAUUGAUUGAAAAGGGGCCUCUCAGAGAACCGAAUCUACAAUUCCGUAAGAAUGCCGAUGGUAGACAUUUUUCUUAUGAUUAUUACUCCAGAAAGUUAGCUAACAAUGAGGUUGUUGACCGAAAAUGGUUGGUUUACUCAAAAGCGGUGGAUAAAGUUUAUUGUUUUUGCUGCAAGUUGUUCAAAUCAAAUCAGACCAAGUACUCUUUGCUAGCAUUUGAUGGUUUGAGUGAUUGGAAGCGUCUUAGUCCGAGACUCAAAGAACAUGAGAGAAGCGUCGAGCAUUUUACAAACAUGAAUACAUGGAAUGAACUAAGGUCGAGAUUGAGGAAAAAUAAAACGAUUGAUGAUGAUAUGCAACGAGAGAUUGCAAAGGAAAAGGAGCGUUGGAGACAGGUAUUGCAAAGAAUAAUUUCAGCAGUCAAGUUUCUUGCAAAACGUAAUUUGGCAUUUCGAGGAACAAUUGAGAAGUUGUAUCAUGAUAGUAAUGGCAAUUUUCUAGGCACUAUUGAAAUGAUUGCUGAAUUUGAUCCUGUGAUGCAAGAACAUAUUAGGCGCAUUCAAAAUAAUGAAAUUCAUCAUCAUUAUCUUGGCCACCGUAUUCAGAAUGAGUUGAUCUCACUCCUCGCCGAUGCCGUGAAAAAGGUUAUCUUAAAGCUCAUCAAGGAUGCAAAGUACUUCUCUGUUAUCUUGGAAUGUACCCCGGAUGUUAGUCAUGAAGAGCAAAUGACACUCAUUGUGCGUUGUGUCAACCUAUCAAGUAACAUUCCGAGAGUGGAAGAGUUUUUCCUAGAGUUCUUGAAGGUUGAUGACACAUCAGGUUUGGGGCUUUUUAAUGUACUGCUGGAUACACUUGAUUCUCUUGAUUUGGAUGUUGCUAAUGUGAGAGGGCAAGGUUAUGAUAAUGGUUCCAACAUGAAAGGAAAAAAUCAAGGUGUCCAGAAUCGUAUGGACAUAGAACCAAUAUUUCGUAUAAAACUUCAAAGUAAAAGGAAGAGGCAUUUUGAUGAAAUCAAUGAUGAUGAGGAAGAACUACAACUAUCUGCUAUUGAAUCCUUCAGAGUUAAUUACUUUCUUGUAGUUGUUGAUGCUGCAAUUGCUUCACUGGAGGAUCGGUUUGAGCAGUUGAACGCGUUUGCAAAGGUGUUUGGUUUCUUAUUCAACUCAAAAAAUCUGAAGUCCUUGGAUGAUAGUAAUCUGCAAAAUAAUUGCACUACUUUUGCACAAACUUUUACUCAUAAUAAGGCGUGUGAUGUUGAUCUUGAUGAUUUUGUUUCUGAGUUAAAGGUUCUCCAAGUAACAUUGCCAGAUGAUUUGUCAGCGCUUGAGAUUCUUCAGUUCGUUACAACUGCUGAUUGCUAUCCAAAUGUGUCAGUUGCAUAUCGCAUCCUCUUGACUAUACCUGUGAUUGUAGCCUCAGCUGAAAGAAGUUUCUCUCAACUGAAGCUACUAAAAAUAUUGUUUGAGGUCAACUAUGUUACAAGAUAG